AUGUCUUUCAUAGUGCCGACAAAUCCCCAGCUCAUUGUACUUUCCAAAGAACAGUUACUUAACAAACGUGUCUGUGAAAAACAUUUUGAUAUAUUUCAGUUCGACAAUGAAGGCAGAAGACUUCGAUACUCUUACCCGUCCUUGCUUACUGACAAUGAAAUAGCUCAUGGUGUGCCUCUGACUGCAACAGGAAUAGAAAUCUAA